AUUUCAAGCUUACAUUUUUAUUGUCAUGUUGGUUGGGUAAUAUAUUCGGCUUUUAUGUAUUUGUAGCAUCUCUAAUUAAUAUUGUUCUUUGAAAUAGAAUCCGUUUUGGAGAUUUGUUAGUUCGCCCUAGCCGCUCCUCUCUGGCACAUUCUCCAAGGCUGCUUCCUCCGGCGGCGUCGAUUCCAAUCGGCGCCGCUAGGACAUCGAUUCGUUGUUCGUGUGUUCUCCUCUUUCUUCUAAGCCUGCUCUACGUUUGGUUCUAUGGUAAACACACCAGAGUUGCAUCGAGCCUCUUCUCCGCGACUCCGGACAUGCUUCAGCUUCAAUCCCUCACCCUCUCUUCGUCUCUUCCGGUGGCUGCUCUAUGCGAGGUAAUUCUCACGAGCUUCCAGCCUCUCAAAGUCAGAUCUAAGACUUCACAAAGCCCUUGUCAUCUUGUCAUCUGUCUUUGUCACGCCCCCUUGAAGUCAACCUCAUCAUCUCUCUGCUCCUCGGAUCUAGAUCCCCUCACCAAGUGUGUUGCUUGGUCGCAGUUGGACAGGAGCUCUGUGUUGACGCUGGAGCCUUACAAGAUCUCGACAAGACCCCGAGACCCUACCUUUGCACCUCAUGAUUCCAGAAGCUCUAGGAACAUCGGCAUUAUGAUCUUCUCUCCAAGGAGAAGAGGUUACCAAAACGUUCCCACUCUUCUCUCCUUACCUUCCAUGUGCCAUGAACUUUGUCAUUUACAAUUUACCAAAGUCCCGAAGGUUGCUCUCCUUUGCCAAAGUCUUGAGAGUUUCGGCAUUAUGACCAUUGCUCCAAGGAGUGUGGUUACCGAAUCCUCUUCAAGCAUGCCAUUCCCAAACCUAAUCCCCCAAUCACUCUCUUCAAGCAUGCCAUUCCCAAACCUAAUCCCCCAAUCACUCUCCUUGCCAUUGAGCAGAUCAAGCCAUCGUGUCUCUCGGCUAUGGAAACCUUCACAACGUCCCAAUGUCAUCUUGAUAAGGACCAUUUACCACAUUACCGCUGCUUCCGCGAAUGUGGCGUCGGAUCAUCUUGAGUUAGUUUACGGUUUGGUGCUCCUUUGCUCAAGCCUCCAAUAUCUCUGGUUUAUGAUUGUCGAUCUAUCUAUCUUUACCUUUGUUGCUUCUAUUUGUUAUCAAGCUUUACUUUGGAUAUCUCUAAACCCUUGUAACUUUGCUACUUUGUUUGUUUGAAUGAAAGUAAGCUCUGUUUUGAUCAAAAAAAAAAAAAGAAUCCAUUUUGGA